AUGAUUGCUGAGCAACGCCGUGUCGGUCCUCCCCUUGACGAGCACGUUUCCGAACUCCAACUCCAGGACCUGCCACUGACCACUGCCAACAACACCAUCCUGUGCGACGUCUCCAGGGCCUCCCCCUGUCCCUUUGUGCCGUCAUCCCUCCGACGCAAAGUCUUCUCCCUGCACAACAUAUCGCGCCCUGGGAGUCUAGCUACCUGCAAGUUGAUUUCCAACCGCUUCGUCUGGCCUGGGAUGCACAAGGAAGUGAAAGAAUGGACACGGGCGUGCCUCGGCUGUCAUCGGAGUAAGAUUCAACGACAAAACAAAGCCCCCAUCGGCAUCUUUCCUACUCUGGAUGCACGAUUUAGUCACGUCCGCCCGGACAUUAUACGCCCACUGCCCCUGUCGAACGGCUGCUUCUAUCUCAACUGUGUGGAUCGAUUUCCCCCGUUACCGGAGGCUAUCCCUCUGCCCGAUGUCGCUUCUCCAACAGUCAAGGAUUUAUUCGGCCGUUAG